CUGCCCCCACCCCUUCCAGCCCCCAUUCCCCUCAAGAACCCAGGGUUCCGGUCCUCCUUCCGAAUUCCAGUCACCCCCGCCCCCAUCAGUAUCUCUUCCCAAGACCAGGGAUGGAGGCUGAAAGACCCCAGGAAGAAGAGGAUGGUGAGCAGGGUCCCCCGAAAGAUGAUCAGGGCUGGCCCCCUGUGAACUCCACCACUCGGCCUUGGCGAUCUGCUCCUCCCUCCCCUCCUCCUCCAGGAACCCGCCACACAGCUCUGGGCCCCCGGUCGGGCUCCCUGCUCUCCCUGCAGACCGAGCUCCUCCUCGACUUGGUGGCUGAGGCCCAGUCCCGCCGCCUAGAGGAACAGAGGGCCACCUUCCACACUCCUCAGGUUCCCCCAAGCCUAGCCCCAACCCCACCCCGACUUCUUGAGGACAAAGAACAGCUCUACAGCACCAUCCUUAGUCACCAGUGCCAGCGGAUGGAAGCCCAGCGGUCAGAGCCGCCCCUCCCCCCGGGGGGACAGGAGCUCCUGGAGUUGCUACUCCGAGUUCAGGGUGGAGGUCGAAUGGAGGAGCAGAGAUCCCGGCCCCCUCCACACACCUGCUGAGACCUGAACUCCCAAUCUGCCCUACUCUCUGGGACUCAAAGCUGGGCCACCCAGCAUGUCUUCAACCCUGUGUGGCAGGGGUACCAGAAACCAGAGACUGAAGACCCGGCAGUAUUCACCACUCACUUCCCCAGGGAACUGGACUUGGGGCAAGUACUCUGACCUUGAAAAUAAGCAAGGUAGGGUGGACACAACUCUAUCCUGAGCUGUCAAACUACUAAACAGGGUGUGAGGGCCGAGGCCUGCCCCUUCCUGCCUAGUAAGAAAAAAAGGAAAAGAUUAAGACAACUGUCGGCCACUAGCACCCCAAGUCCGAAGGCAGAGGGGCCCAGAGGCCUUAGCGAACCUUAGCCCCGCCCAUCCAUCCUGCUGCUGAGUCUGUCUGAUGUUUUGGUUGUAUGAAUAAAUAUAAUU